UCCAGUAGGCAGUCAGACCGGACUGAACCCAAACACGCUCAGUGAGCAGACAACUAUCAAACAACGGCAACCUGACAAUCAUUAGAAAUAAUUAAAUAAACUUCACUGGUCAAAAAUGUGACCACACGAGAAGACCACCUCAGCGAGGACUGUACGAAACGCAUGGCAACCAACUUUGGUUGUGGCGAGAGACGUCACACCAUGGCAUCUCAGCCGAGUGUAUAUAAUGAAGAAAGGAACCUUCUCCGACUCCGAGCAUGGGAACAGAGGAACCAAGAAACCAGCCAAAGCCAGGAUCUUAACCCUGAAAACGUUCCACUCUUUGGGGAACCAUACAAGACAAACAAAGAAGAUGAGCUUUCCAAUCGAAUCCAAAAGAUGCUGGGCAGUUAUGAAGAUGUGAAUAAUCCCUCUCCCUUUUCCAGUAUGGCUUUACCAAUUUCUUCUUGCGUAUCCUUCUUGCAGUCAGAUCAGGGUCAGCCAAAUACAGAUGAAUCAUCCAACGCUCCAUUCCACCAUCAGGCCCCUUAUUUGUCCUCUCAGAGCCAGAAGAGGCACUCAAGUGACGGCCAGUCCUCUCAGCCCACGAAGAUAUCCACUGCUACAUCAGCUUCAAACCACCACACACAUUCAUCCACUUUCUCAAAGACUUUUUUGAACCACAGCAAGGGCAGCCAGUUCAGCCACUCGGCACAUCAACAAAAGAAGAGCAAAGUUUUCUCCGAUCUCAGGGAGCAUGUCACCCUUGCUCAGGAAAUAUCUGCUCAGUCUCCUGAUAGUAAGCAACUACCCCUCCUACAUUCCAGUGAUCAUAAUAUUGACAUGGAUACCAGGGACUCCUUCAGUGGGCAUCAGCUUCAAGGGUCCACAGAUUGUUUGUUGGGAUUUGCCAGCACCAUGGAUGUUUCCACACUGAACAUUAAGCAAUCACCUGAAGAUGCAUCUCUGCCUCAAGCCAAGACUAAUUCACUACCCUCCCAGACAUUUCCUUCACUGUUGUCAUCUAAGCAGCCUGGAACAGUCAUGCCACAGAAGCCAACAGCAUAUGUGCGCCCCAUGGAUGGUCAGGACCAGGUGGUUAAUGAGUCACCUGAGCUAAAGCCUUCACCUGAGCACUAUGCAGCACUACCAGAGUUAAUCAACAAAUCUGACCUUGGAAAAACUAAGAUAAUGCCCCAAUUUCUGGAGACAACAGCAGAGGAAGCUCAGUGUGUUGAAGACAUAUUAAGAGAAAUGACCCACUCAUGGCCCCCUCUUCUGACAGCUAUACACACACCUAUCUCUGAUGAACCAAAGUUUCUGUUCCCAGCCAGGGAAGCAGAGCAUGUCUCUUCACGUCCGGAACAAAAAAACCAUGGCUCUUUCCCUGCAGCUCCAUCUCAUUUCAGCCAGCAAAGCUCCUCAAUUUCGUUUGAAGCACAUUCCAGUGGAGUAGAGACAACAAGCUCCAGCGAUUCAGAGAGCAGCCCCGGUUCAGAGUCAGACAGUGAAAGCACCAUCGAUGAGCCACCUCAACCUCCCAAUGGCAGCUCAGUUAAAACCGAGCCCGAUGCCCCAGCAGUGAGCCAUGGUGACUGGCAGCUGGGGAACUGGAUCAAGUCUAAUCAACAGAACUCUGGUGCCGACAUCCAAGGCAGUGCACUUGUGUCUGAGAGCCCCACUCACGAGCAACUACCACCCACUCAGAGCUCCGAGCACACCACCAAGGAAUAUAAACCUCAGCUCUCUUCUCACAGAAAAGAGUUCGCUGACGACCUGGCUGCUCCCCAGAAGUUCAGUGAAAGUUCUCAGGACAACUGUUGCCAGCAGCAGAGUAGUAACGUGAGCACCUGUAGCAAUUCCAGAAAAACGACUAAAUCAACGACAGCAGAUAGCCUGGGUCCCACUGAAGCAGCACUCGGUGUUAAGUGUGAAGAAGUUGUAACAACGCAAACAAAAGACUUCUGUUUUACAGACAGACCCAAGGUAAAGAUGAAAGCAGUGCGUUUUAAGAAGGCUAGCAAUGACACUAAAAGAGACAAUAAACUGACUAAAAACACCAAACUCGAUAAGCAGAGGGCUGGAUCAGAAGCCACACUUGUUUUGCAUUCUCAUUGUCAGUCAUGUGGUGAGCAUUAUCCUAACCCCUGCUCCUGCCCCACCCAAAGUCCUGCUCUGCCUGACCAGCCGUCUCCUGCCCCACCACUCAGAGGCAGCCAUGGUAAACCCAGAGCAAAAACUGGCUGUCAAAGUGGCACCAAGCAGCCUCACAAAUUGAUCCACAAGCACUCAGAGUCUCCUGGGCAUGCUGCCAAGGGUUCUUUGGACCUCCAUCUGCCUCCUACAUCCCUGCUGGUGAAGAUAGAUCUAAAUCUGCUCUCAAGAGUGCCCCAAGCUUCCAGCAUUCACAGAGGGAUUCCCAGCAAAACAAAGAGACCAGCACUGGUCUUGGAGAAAGAUGAAGAAAGGAGUAAUGCUUCAAAAACACAAAAAUACACCACACCCAGCGAAAAGUCACAAAAUAUUAAGGUAGAAAAUAAAAGUCUUCCAAAGAAGAAACCGAAGCUGGAAAACAAGAUGACCCCAUCAGCUGGUGCCUCUGGGAAACUACAUAGUUCCAGCAAUUCAACUCAAGUCAGGAAGCAAAAGAAGGCCCACAAACAGAUUCAGAACUCCACAGCAUCAAAAGACUCUGCCAAAGAGUCAAAGUUACAAAAAUCUGGUGUAAAGAAGCCACAGGAGGCUGGAACGAGCGAGGAAUCCUGUAAAAGCAAGAAGAGCAGUGGAAAACACACACAGCAACCACGCCAUGGAAAGCAAAGGCCCCCGAAGACCAGCACUGCUGUCCCGGCAGCUUCACAGCCUCUCAGGAAAGCGUCGACCAGCAGGCCUUUGCUCAGAUUUGAUGAGAGGGAGUAUCCAGUGAAGCAUUACAUAAAAGAGGCCAAAAGACUCAAGCACAAGGCAGAUGCAGAGUCUGACAAACUCAGUAAAGCUUUAAACUAUCUAGAUGCAGCCAUGUUCUUUGUUGAGAGUGGCAUUGCCAUGGAAAAAGAUCCUCAGAUUUCAACGUCUUCCUACACAAUGUUUGCAGAGACGGUGGAACUUCUCAAAUUCAUACUGAAACUUAAAAACCCAGUAGACUCCACUGCUACACCUUCAGAAAAGGACUUAUUAGCUUUAUGCUUGAAGUGCCAGUCCCUCCUACAGAUGGCCAUGUUUAGCCACAAACACAAAAUGGCACUGAAGUAUUCAAAAACCCUUACUGAUCACUUUAAUACCUCCCCUCAUGCAUCCCACAAUCCUCUGUGCUCAUCAAAGACUGCAGAAAACCCGCCCCUCGACAUGCCGUCUCCAGCCAGCACAUCUACCAGCUCAGGUCCUGGCUCAAAUCACAGUGGGUUAGGAAUGGGUUCUGUUGGCCCCGCUGUGGCAUUUCCUAAAGAAAUUGAACAAGUGGCCUUCACUUAUGUCAACAUCACUAUGUUAUUCUUAAGCGCUCAUGACAUUUGGGAGCAGGCAGAGGAGCUGGUGCACAAAGGUAACGGUAUGUUGACCGAGCUGGACACUGUUAUGGGCCCACUUAGCCUGACUUCCAGUAUGAGCUCAAUGGUCCGCUAUACAAGACAAGGUGUCCACUGGCUGAGGUUGGACAGCCAAAAGGUGUGACGCUGGAUACCCUUCAAACUGCCUUACUCCAUCUUUCCCUCACUUCAGCAUCAUCCUGAUCCUGACCCGAACGAUUUCUCAAGCUUCCUAGCUCUUCAGUCUCUCUGUUGCUCUAUAAGGUGAUGUCAUGAAAUCAUUUUAAAAUCAUGGCUUUAUUCAGGAGUGAGCUGAAAUCAAAGAGGAAAUCAAAAUAUUACCAAAAGUGCCAAUGGGGUGUGCUCAGUAAUUUUGUUUUCUCAAUCAUAUGCUCGAGGUGCAAGUCCCGACACAGAUUUAAUUUAUAAUUGUCUCAACUUUUGUUAUCAUUAUGACCUCUGAUUAGGUGGUAAUCAGGAAAAUAUGGCACUUAACUCGUCACGCAGUUCUUGUUAACGGUUUUACUUCAUUUCUCAUACGAGCUGGUUUUCCCGUUUCGGUCUUAAACACUUGUUUGACCAAGGCUAAGAAAACCUGUAUCAGUACUUUCUUUAAAGUUUUCUACUAAUAACCUAGUUUAAUAUGGGGAAUGAUUUGAUAAAAAAAUAUUUACGUUUAUUGCAAAAGUGCAGCAUAGUAAUAUUCAAUCAGCCUUUAAUUUAUUAAUUUUAGCUAAUUCGGAGUUAAGUCUGUAUUUUCAGUUUUUCUUGUGCAAUAAUAACAAAUGAU